AUGACUGUCAUAGAUGGCGGAGUGAAGAGCUGGCCUGGGAGCACAGUCGAUCACCAAGAGUGCCAAACCCAUCGAUUAAGCAUAUUCGGUACAAUUGCGAGCGACGUCCUCCAAGAAGACGCUAUCCUUGGACAGGAAGUUUUGACGGCAUUUUCGGUGUGGAUGGAGCAUACGCAUACUUAUAAGAACAACUCGCCUAUUCCAUUCGCAUCAAUGGAUGAUUAUCAUAUUUAUCGCUUCAAAGAUGUGGCCAUUCAGUUCAUCAUUGCGCUGGUGAAGUUCAGCAGCAAUGCCCAUGUACCGACGCCAGAGACAUACUUGCUGAGCAAUCUUAUCCGUCUAUUUCAUCGACAUAUCUGCCUGAUAAAUGACCUCUAUUCCUAUGAUAAAGAAGUCCUCGAAGCACAGGUGGAUGGCACGAUCAUUGUGAAUGCAGUCGAUGUUCUGCAAAAUAUUGAAUCAUGCAACUUAGUUCACGCGAAAUUGUCAAUACGUCAAAAAAUCUGGGGGCUAGAGCAUGAGAUGCUUGAUGAAUGCAGGUCACUCGACACCGUGGGUAUACUGAGCCCCGAUCAGCUUAAGCUGGCUCGCGGACUGCUAGAGUGCGCUGCAGGGAACAUAUUCUAUUGUGCUACACAAAAAAGAUAUGGUGGUGACUCAGCACUUUUGACCGUUGAUUAG